AUGGCGACGUCCACUCAAGCAGCCUUUAACCAGCUUCGGCAGCCAUGCGUUGAGCUCAACAAUGUUGUUCUCCAGUUCCGCGGAAACCACGCUUCCGCCGCGGACGUCAGUCGGGCCCUCGAACCGGUGUAUACCUGUUUGAACACACUCGCGGAGGAUGGUACGCUUGACAAGAGACUAGCUGAAUACGUCUUCUUUCCACUAUCCCAAAUCUUCAACGAGACUCAAAGACUCUCCGCAAGAUGUCUUGAGGUUGCGGUCAGCUCCCUGCGAAUAUUGGUAUCUCAUGGAUGGGGCCACGAUCUUACGCCCGAUAUGGGCAAGCAACUCAUAAUUCUGUUGACGUUAAUUGUGGGAGGAUCACCGAAUAAAGCCAAAGCCCAGGCGCCGAUUGUGCCCGAAGAAUUGUGCAUUGCUGGAUUCGAUUGUCUCGCUGCUAUUUUCAAGGCUUUGAGAGGCGAUGUUGCUCAACAGAAAAUCUUUCAUGAAAUUGGCACGGCGACAGUCAUCGAUCAGACAGUUUACAUCCUGCUUGAGGGCGUUGUCGAUGAAAGGUCUGAUGAAGUUUGCACGAAAGCUGCCCAAGCCCUUUACGAUCUUUAUGACCGUGUCACAGAUCGGGUAGUCCUUGCCAGUAUCAUGCCACGAACUGUUUCGGCAUUGGCUAAAGUUCUGAGGCCAACAACGCAAGUCCGGAGAUCAUACAUGCUGCUUGAAUUGUGUUUGAAAACACUUACCCGCCUCUUGAGAGCUGUUCUUAAUGACGAAGUCGCCGCUGAUGUCUCCCCGCCCCCGCUGGGAAGCGAGAAAAUGGCUCUGGAUGAAUCGUGGUUGAAGGCUACAACAACACAAAUCAAGUUGGCAUUGGCCAAUGUCAUUCAAGUCCGUCGUCAUCAGCGAAUCGAAGUUCAGGACGCCCUCUUGGACCUCUGCAUGAUGGUGAUUGAACAGUGUCAAACCACUUUGUCAGACUCUGUGCCUAUUAUGGUUGAAACUAUCGUGGUUCUGGCAUACAGAGAGGAUGAAGAAAACAAUAAGGCGUACCAGCACCUAACUCAUCUUGCUACUACAUAUCCUGCCGUGCUGGAUUCUCUCAAAGAAUCAUUGCACACAUGGCUCACAUCAUUCGCUCGGAUCAUGCAAGGCAAUGACGAGACAGCCAAACAGAGGGGACUACGUCAGAUUUCAACCGUUUUCCAAGUGUUGUCUCAAGUCCAGUGUGGAUCGAAUUUGCUGACCACCGGAUUGGCAUCCGGUCUAUGUGACAGUCUGAGUGGAGUCGUUAAAGAAAGUACCAACUCACUUCAACCCCUGAACACGGAUGAUGUCGUUCUAUUGAGACCAAACGACCCAUCUGUGAUGUCUGGAGUGUUCCCGUCAGUUCUUCUGGAACACCAGAGUCAACAACAGACCCUGAAGGACCUACGCUCGAUGAUUAGCCGACUGAAUCUAGCCGAAUCUGGAAUUGAAAUCACUCGAUCAAUUGUGAGCCGGAUUCAGAGCACCGGUGAUCACGCCAUUGCGCCGUUCUGGCUGGCAAUGACAUUCCUACGUGAUAGCACUACAGUCACAGCCAGUUUCGAUGAUUUCAUUUCUCUUGAAGCCGUGGAGCACACUUCCCCAUCAUCUUCACGUGGUAAAAUGAUUGAGGAGAUGUACAACAUUUCAUUGAACAUGCUGAACGAAGAUAAAGUAGUCGGUGUUGAGGGUGACUGGCGUGCAUCAGCACUUGCAUUGGAGGCCGUGGCACUCCAAGCUCAACAACUUGGCGAAGCUUUCCGACCCGAGCUCAUGGAUGCGCUCUAUCCGGUACUGCAACUGAUGACAAGUCGGAACCCAGACCUUGAACGACAUGCCAUGAUCUGCCUCAAUAUUUUAACCAGAGCUUGCAAUUAUGCGGACGCAAGCUCAAUGGUCAUCGCAAAUGUAGACUACCUGGUGAACUCGGUGGCUUUGAAACUUAAUAUCUUUGCUGUGUCCCCAUUUCCGGCGUCGGUUCUAUGGAUGAUGGUGAGGCUUUGUGGUGCACCGUUGAUUCCAUAUCUUGAUGAUCUGAUUGACUCGAUAUUGCACCUUGUGGAUCUGUAUCACGGCUACCCCAUCUUCACCCGGAUGAUGUUCAAAGUCCUGGGGGCAAUCGUGGACGAAGGAAUAAAUGAGCCAUCCAUGCUUACGAUCGAUGAGGGCAAAGAACAUGGUCCCCUAGGCAACCAAAAACCUCGCUAUGAACAUCUCUCAAUCUCGACCAUCGCAGCAGACAUCGCCAACCGAAAGGCCAAACGCGAUCAGCGCGCCAAGGAUGAAGUGGUAGAUGCCGACGGCAAAAUCUCCCACCCCAAGAAGCCGUGGGCUGAAACAUACGACAAACCCAAACCCGAGCCCUCAAUCGAAGAACUACUCGACCAAGCUGAAUCCGACGAGCCACUCCCACCACCAAAGGAGCCAGAAGACGCCGAGAAGCCACUUAGCAAAACACACGCUCUUCUCGUGCACAUCGCCAAACAAAUUCCAUCACACCUAACCACACCCUCCCUUGACCUUCGUAAAGCCCUCCUCGAGAUGCUGACCGACAUGAUCCCGGUCCUAUCCCAGCACGAAACCAGUUUCCUGCCCUUAAUAAACGACCUCUGGCCCACAGUUGCACAGCGAAGUGCUCCCAAUGAUCCAGCUGGAAGCAUGGCCGAAGAGACAACACGCCGAGCGAAAGGGGCAAGGAUCCCCGACACAGAGGAAAACAUGGAAAAAGAUAUCUACGUCACUGAAGCAAGGGCCAAGGUAAUCGGAGCAAUGUGCAAAGGCGCCGGCGACUUCAUGGCCUCGCGCGUCGAAGCCGACUUCCCAGGAUGGAACGCCUGGUACGAAAUGAAGUGGAAGACGAUGGGUAAUUGGGCCGAAUAUGGGCAGCCCCAUAAUUGGUCCCCUCGGCAGACCCCUGCUACUGUCCGGCUUGAGGGUUCUGCUACCGAUAUCGCUACUGGCGCUCGCAUCACUUUUGGCAUACCCUUCAACCCGCACCUCGCUAUCGAGAAGGCAUACCCCGGAUCGAGGUACUUCUCGCAUGACCAUCGUCACUGGCGCUCUCUGAUUGAGCUUUUCAUGACUGUGCUUGAGAAUGUCCGUCUUCCUUUGGAAAUUGGAGAUCGCAUCUGUGAGCACUUCGCCGCGUGGAUUGCGCUCUUUGUCGGGCCGUAUUAUUAUUUCCACAAGAUGAGGACUGAGACUACCGAUUUCGCUCCGGGGGAUGCUGUACUUCCUGUUGAGAGGGCCAUCCGUGCGAUGGAGGCGUGGAAUUCGGAUCUGACGUGGUUUCUGUUUACGAAGCACCUUGUGGAAGGGGAUGAGGGGUUGAAGGAGCUUAAGGUUGAUGAGGAUACUAUGAAUGUGAGAUUGGGAGGUGAGGGUGAGGAUCAGGUUGUGCGUCGACUGGCGGCAAUGUCGUUUUAA